GUUCUGAAAACUCCACGGAUCGCGCAUCUCAUACUUAACAUUGCAAGAGGUGAAUAUCUCCACUUAGGAUUUGAGGCAGGAAUUCUUUCCAUUCUUCAACAAACCUUUCCGGAAUUAAUUCCACUUGAUACUUUGAUGGUAGACUUUAGCACUGAUGAUGCCACACUGGAUAGACAAAGCAAAAUUCAAAUGUGGCCGAUACAAAUUAGCAUUGCAAAUAUUCCUCGAAGUAAACCUACAAUUGUAGGCAUUUGGCGUUCAUUGAAAUCAACUAACGCGAAGAAAUUAUUUCAAUCUUUUGUGGAUGAAGUUCGAGAUGUAUUAAAUCGUGAAGGAAUUAUUUUUCAUAAUCAACAAAAAUUUAAAUUGAGGUGUUUUAUAGCUGAUUCUCCUGCGCGAGCUUUUGUUUUAGGUCAUAAAGGUCACGGUAGUCUAUUUCCGGUGUUCGAAAUGUUGGAUUCGAGUAGUUGCUUAUCGUGAUAUUCAAAAUAGGCCCCGUACAAAUGAAAAGUACAAACAUCACAUUGAUGGAGAACAUCAUACAGAUUUUGAUUCUGCUUUGCUUUCUUUAAGGAUGGGGUUGGUAACUCAAACGGUCUUCGACUACAUGCACACAGUUUGUCUUGGUGUUGUUCCCAAAAUAAGUAGCGUUCUUGUAAAUGUAAUCCAAAUUUAAAACUUUCAGUGAAGUCAGAUCACUUGAAAUUAUGACGAAACGUUUGCAGCAAGUUAAAAAUUACUGUCCUAAGGAAUUUUUGCGAAAACCGCAAUUAAUGAAAAAAUAUGAAGGAUUUAAGACUACGAAAAAUCGUCAAUUUCUUCUGUAUACUGCCCCAGUUAUUUAUUACGGACUCGUAAAACCUGUUAUGUACAAACAUUUUCUUCUAUUACAUUCCGCCAUUCGAGUUCUAGUCAGUUCUUUCUUAUCGGAAGACCGUCUUGAUUUUGUACAAAGCAUUAAACAUUUUUGUGAAUAGAGCAGAAGAUAUAUAUGGUCCAGAAUUUCUUUCAUACAUUAUUCAUUGUCUUUUACAUCUCUAGAUGACGUGAGACAUUUUGGUUCAUUAAAUGAAUUGUCUAUGUUUCCAUAUGAAAAUAAUAUGAUGUAUUUUCGCAAUGCUUGCCGCAAAUCUCAUCAACAUUUACAGCAAAUCGUAAAUAGGCGACAUGAAAAGUUUCAAAUUACACAAAAUAUUGUAAAUAUAACUAAGGAAGUGGUGCGUUCCAGUAAGGUCUGGGUUAGUCCUGUUCUUUUUGAUGCUCCAUUAGAUAAUCGUCAGUUUCACAUCUUAGAUACAGGAAAAUUUCGUUUAUCGGUGAAGAAUCAGGAUAAAACGAUAAUAUUACACAAUUCAAAGCUUUGUCUUAUUCAGAGUAUCACUCUCUCGCAUGAUCAUUAUCAGUUGGUGGUUAAAGAGUUUCGCAGAGUU